AUGUUUGAAAUAGCAAAAAAGUUGUAUGAUCUUUUGGCUGAUAAUGCGUAUUUGAUUGCUGGAGUGGGCACAGUAGGAUUUAUUUCAAUAAUUUAUUUCAAGCAGAGAGAGGCAUGGUUGGAAUCCGAGAUGGAUUCUAGACAAGAUUUAAUCAAUCCGAGUACAGUUUAUGGUUGUGCUGGACUUACGGAUGGUGAGAAUACUUGUAAUAACCAUGGAAAUUUACAAUACAGAUCAAGUAAACCAUGCAAUUAUGCGGUUUGGGUUGAUCGUCCUCGAGAGUAUGAACAAUUAUGUAAUUUUCUCAAGUCAUCUACCGCUCGGGUUGUGGUGUUAGUGGGAAUUCCACAGUCAGGACGAAGCAAAUUGGCCACAAAGGCAGUGUUAGAGGCAUAUCCUUACGAACUCACACACAUGGAUAUUAGAAAUUCCCCAUUUGAUGAUGUGCAUGGAUUGGAAGAACGAUUUUCGAACAAGACUUUUGAUGUGAAUGACGCCAUUUCGAGUAUAAUUCGUGGAUUGGCCAAGACAUUGAGAGGAGAAUUGGAUGCACUUGAAGAGGUCACCAACGACAAUCAUGGUGGCGAGCGGGAGGCAUCCGAGUCGUUAAAUCGAUUUAAAAGAGCACUUCGAAGAUUUAAAGAAAUUGUCAUUCCAGCCGACAAGCCACAUUUGUUUUUCGUGAAUCAUAUGGAAGCAUUUUCUUCGUUAACCAGAGACGUCGUUGGAUUGAGAGCACUGGAAUAUUUCCUAUUGUGGUUAAUUAAUUUGACUCGUGACCAUCGUAAUAUUAGAGUAUUAUUGACAUGUUCACCCUUAUUUUACUAUGAUUUCAUGAUGGAUAUUCCAUUCAGAGAUAAUUUACACAUCGUUGGUUUGGGAGAUUUACCAAAACAAGAGGCUAAGAGUGCCUAUGAAAAAUUCAUUGCCUCUUUUGCAUGUCAAUUUAAUUCGAACGAACACUCCAUUCCACCACCUCCUGAUUUUGAACAAGUUUAUAACAUUUUAGGUGGCCGACUUCAUGAUUUAAGCAAGUUUGUAGAGCUUUACUAUACCACGCAACAAAAAAUAGAAGAUUAUCCAGACUUGGGAGCUACCAUCUCUAAAUUCACACAAGUUCUGUAUCCAGAAUUGUAUGGAAAAUUAAUGAGAGCUCAAGUUUCAUCUUCUGUUUUAUGGGAAAAGGAACAUGUCAUUACUGCUUGGAAAAUGCUUCUCAAUGCUCCUAAUCAUGUAGUUCCAUACGUGGAAUUUAUUGAGCAAAUUCCCAUGAACAUUUUUUAUUCAAUGCUUCGAUUUGGACUUGUGCUGUUUCGACCUCAAUCGAGCGGAUAUUGUGAUUUUGAAAUUUGUAAAAAGAUGGACACUGUCACUUUCAGAAGGCCCUUGGACAGAAUUGCUGCAAAAACAGUGCUUGACAAAAUGAAUGAAAAUAGCCUCAAUUGA